AUGCAGGAUCCUAAUCCAGAUUGGCCAUAUAUCAAUGAUGAGCGUUAUGCAUAUCCACUGUAUAAGAAGCAUCCAUUCUGCUACAUCUGUUGCAACCUUCUUUCAUGCAACCCGUCAGAGUACUCUCCUGGUCGCCACGCCUACUCCAAGCCAAAUGCUGGUAAAAUAUCGUACUCAGCCCGUGAGAUUGAUGAUUUUUACACCUUCACUUUUCCUGGAUGGCGCACCCUGUACCGGCUCAUCAUCACUUUUCACGCUCCGUGGAAUGAGAAUAACGGGCUCCUGUCUGUCGGAAAACACAAGAGAAUCUGGCGCCAUGGGCUGGCGGCACCUAAGCUGAUUCAACCCAAGGUGAAUAUCGAGAAGCAGACCACCCUGGCUGGAUAUAUGGUGCACGCUAUGUGCUGGAGAGAGCUGCUCCGGGUCAUUAAAUGGCCGCAUACAGAAGAAAAUCUAGGCAUCCUCUCGCAUGCGCUGCGAACACGCUACAUGAAGGAACGUUUAGAUAUCAUUUAUGAGGAGCCCCUGGAAUUGCAGCUACUGAUGGAUCCUAGAGAUCCCAUCGGUAUGACAUCCGUUCGACGAUUUGUAACUCGAUGCAGAUCUAGAGCUACCAGGAUGUCAAAGGUGAGCCAUACAUCAUGCUCUACUGAUUCAUGGCUCAUCCGUCUUCCGUUGGAGCUGCAAUACAUGAUCAUGGAUAAUCUUGAGUUUGACGAUGUAGGCUCGGUGCUGAAAGGCAUCCAAUGGUCAGUAGACAACGGAUAUUGGAAACGACGGCUUAAUCUAGACCUGUUCAGCGAGAUACGGGGCAUUUUACAUGAGGAUUUGGACUGGCGGUGGCUCUGUUUGAAACUGGAGGUUCUUGAACACAGUCAAGCGGGGACAGAUAGAAAGCGAUUUUAUGAAAUAUUGAAGGAAAUCGGGAUUCGGUAUGGACUGGUAAAGGCUGAUGUGCAGUGUGGUCUUAUUGGAAGUCGUCCCCAUGCUCCAUGA